UACUCAGUAGAACCUGGUGGGAGUAUAAAGAAAAGUUCAUUUUGGUAUUUUAAAUUGAUUUUGGUAUCUUUUGAGUUUUUCUUUGUUCCACAAUAUUUGGCUGUGCGUUGCUGGAACUAAGCCAAAAAUUGAAAAAAGGCUUUGUGUGCCGUGCGCCAUCACGUGAGAGCGCACUGAAGGCAAAAUUCAUGGAAUUCUGGUUGAAAGUUGAAUUUUCUGCCUUAAAAGAGAUUUGAAUGUGCCAUUUUUCUUUCCAUGGCUCUUCAAUAGAAUGUUGUAGGAAAAGCUGAAGAUGUCAUCGAGACCUCGAGAAGAUUUGGAUAGCCUGUCUCCAGCCAGCAAGAAACUUCGACUUGACCCCGAGUCACAGGUGCUAGCGGAACAGUCCAACAACUCGGUAGCUUCACUAGAGAGGGGAGCCAUGGCUAGGAAUGGGACUGAUGGCAUUGAUGAGAGCUUGUAUUCCAGGCAGCUUUAUGUGCUGGGUCAUGAUGCCAUGAAGCGUAUGAAUCGUUCGGAUGUCCUCAUCUCAGGAAUGACUGGGCUUGGCGUCGAGAUUGCCAAAAAUGUUGUUCUUGGAGGCGUGAAAUCUGUCACUAUCCAUGACGAGGGAAAUGUCGCAAUCGAGAACCUGGCAUCACAGUUUUUCUUCACGGAGGCAGACAUUGGCAAGAAUCGAGCGUUGGUGACUGAGCCCAAGUUGGCCGAGCUGAACACUUACGUACCAGUCAAAGCAGAAACCAAACCUCUUACCGAGGAACUCAUCAGCAAAUUCACCGUGGUUGUGCUGACCAACAGCAGCCUGGAUGCCCAGCUCAAGAUUGGGGACUUCUGCCACUCCAGAGGGAUUCACCUGAUCGUGGUCGAUACCAGGGGCCUGUUUGGACAGAUCUUCUGCGACUUUGGCGAGGAUUUCACUGUGAUUGACACCAACGGGGAGGAGCCUCUCAGUGUUAUGAUUGCAGCCAUUAGCAAGGAUGAGGAUUCGGUAGUGACUUGCCUGGAUGAGAGCCGUCACGGCUUUGAAUCAGGAGAUUACGUCAGCUUCACAGAAAUCCAGGGUAUGACCGAACUGAACGACAGCGAGCCCAGGAAGGUGAAGGUCCUGGGCCCGUACACCUUCAGCAUCGGCGACACCACAGGGUUGUCGGACUACGUCCGGGGCGGCGUCGCCAGACAGGUCAAGAUGCCCGCCAAAGUCAGCUUUAAAUCCCUCCGCCAGUCCCUGGCCGAACCAGAGCACGUCAUGACCGACUUUGCCAAGUUUGACCGGCCGGGGCAGCUGCAUAUAGGAUGGCAGGCAUUGCACAAGUUUGAGAAGGACUGCGGCACUCUACCUCGGCCUAGAAACAAGGACGAUGCAGCGAAAUUGAUAGCAAUGGCCAAAGAGAUCAACACCCAGGCACUCCAGGCCGCCAAGCAAGAGGAGCUGGACGAGAAGCUGCUGGGCCAUUUUGCCAGCAAUGCCACUGGGGAUCUUAACCCCAUGCAGGCCUUUAUUGGGGGAAUCACCGCUCAAGAGAUCAUGAAGGCCUGUAGCGGCAAAUUCAUGCCCAUUCAUCAGUGGCUAUACUUUGACUCACUGGAAUGCCUACAAGAGGACGACCCGGAAGGCUUGACCGAGGAAGACUGUAAAAAGACCGGCAGCCGUUACGACGGCCAGGUGGCCGUCUUCGGCUCGGCCUUCCAGCGAAAGCUGACCCAGCUCAAGUACUUCAUGGUAGGGGCAGGGGCCAUCGGCUGUGAGCUGCUCAAGAACUUUGCCAUGAUGGGGGUAGGCUGCAGCCCUGAGGGCACGGUGACAGUGACCGACAUGGACAUCAUCGAGAAGUCCAACCUCAACCGGCAGUUCUUGUUCAGGCCGUCAGACGUGCAGAGCCCCAAGUCGGUCAAGGCAGGCAAGGCGGCCAAAGAGAUGAAUCCAGACCUAAACGUCGUUGCUCACCUCAAUCGCGUGGGACCAGAGACGGAGCAUAUCUACAGCGAUGACUUCUUUGAGGGUCUGGAUGGCGUGGCCAAUGCCUUGGACAACAUAGAUGCACGCAUGUACAUGGACCGGCGCUGCGUUUACUACCGCAAGCCCCUCCUGGAGUCUGGCACCCUCGGUACCAAGGGUAACGUGCAGGUAGUGCUGCCCUUCCUGACUGAGUCCUACUCCUCCUCCCAGGACCCGCCCGAGAAGUCCAUCCCCAUCUGCACCCUGAAGAACUUCCCCAACGCCAUCGAGCACACCAUCCAGUGGGCGCGGGACGAGUUUGAAGGGCUGUUCAGGAACCCGGCUGAGAACGUCCAACAGUACAUCAGCGAUCCCAAGUUUAUGGAGAGAACCCUGAAGCUCCCAGGAAUGCAACCUAUGGAGACCCUUCAAAGUCUCAAGAAUUUCCUGGUGGACGACAGACCCACCAGCUUUGAGGACAGCGUCGCCUUUGCCAGGAACCACUUCGAGGCCAUGUACGCCAAUCAGAUCAAACAGCUACUAUUCAAUUUCCCCAAGGACCAGGUUACGUCAUCCGGUGCACCUUUCUGGUCGGGCCCCAAGAGAUGCCCUCAUCCACUGACUUUCGACCCAUCCAGUCCUGCACACUUGGAUUACAUCUUGGCGGCUGCCAACCUGCACGCAGAAACCUACGGCCUGCCACAGAACAGGGACAUGGCCUACAUCCGCAAGGUGGUGGAGUCGGUGAAAGUGCCUCCGUUUGUUCCCAAAUCAGGCGUCAAGAUUGAUGUGACCGACACGGAGGCCCAGGCCUCUGCCCAGCACUCGGCUGACGAGGCCGAGCUGCAGUCAAUCCUCAAUGCCUUGCCCACACCAGACAGCCUCAAAGACUUGAGGAUCACACCCAUAGAAUUUGAAAAGGAUGAUGACAGCAACCUUCACAUGGAUUUCAUCAUGGGUGCAUCAAACUUCAGAGCUGAGAACUAUGACAUUGCCCCUGCAGACAAGCAUAAGACCAAGCUGAUCGCGGGCAAGAUCAUCCCGGCCAUCGCCACCACCACCUCGGUGGUGGCCGGCCUGGUGUGCCUGGAGCUGUACAAGAUGGCCAACGGCAACAAGAAGCUGGAAUCCUACAAGAACGGCUUCAUCAACCUGGCCCUGCCCUUCUUUGGCUUCUCCGAGCCCAUCCAGGCUGCCAAGCAGAAGUACAAUGACAUUGAGUUCUCCCUCUGGGACCGCAUCGAGGUGCAGGGCGUCCGGGAGGGCAACGAGAUGACCCUCCAGGAGUUCCUGGACUACUUCCAGAAGGAGCUCAAGCUGGAGGUCACCAUGAUGUCGCAGGGCGUCUGCAUGCUGUAUUCCUUCUUCAUGGCCCCGCCCAAGCUCAGGGAACGACUGGGAUUCAAGAUAUCUGAAGUGGUCACUAAGGUCUCCAAGAAGAAGAUCCCCAGACACGUCCGGCACCUGGUCCUGGAGGUGUGCUGCAACGAUGCGGACGGGGAAGAUGUGGAGGUGCCCUAUGUACGCUACACCUUCCGCUGAGUCGGGACACCAGACCUGUGGCCACGCGGUGGCCAUCUUUGUUUUUCACACUCAUCACUGAGAUUUGAAAUGAGGCUCAAUGUUAUGAAGAGGCAAGUGUGCCGCUAUUGAAUAUUCCAAAGGGGAGAAAAACUAAGAUGGUGGCUGUGUGGUAUUCCCGGAACCAAUUUAGAAUUUAAAAAAAAAAAAGGGAAAAAAAAUUGAACCACAUCAAAGUAGCUAUGGGCUUGAUUUCAUUUCAUACCACUGCUCACAGCAAGGGGGAAAAAAGCUGGGCAAGGAUAGUUGAAGUGGGUAUCUUUAAAAUUACCCUGGUGUGUCAAAUGUCGGUUGCUAAAUUCCUUCAAGUUCAUUUUCUUGUGCUUGAUGCCCCAUAACAGCGAUUUGUAACUUUUCGUAAGGGAGUUGAAAAAUCUCUUCAAAAGAAGUUCACUACAGGUGCAAGUCCAUGAAAAAGGGGGUCUUUUUGGCCAUGGUUAUAUCUUAAGUAAUGUGUUGCCUCAAAGUGAUAUCAAUUCUAUAGCAUUGCUUUUUGCUGAACGGCCCAGCACACCACAUGUUCAUGUACGUAGACUUGGCAACAAGCAGCGUCAAACCUUUUGACAAUAUUUUGUGCGUACCACCAGGUUCCUCAUUGUUAACUCAGAAGUGGAACGGUUUGUUGGGGACGGGUUGACUUUUAGUGCAUUGUGAAAGGAAUGCAGCGCAAUCAGGAAAGACAUUUCAGCCCUCUGUACGGCCACCUAGAUUUGACAGUUGACUUGUCUGCCAUAUAAAUUAUCAGUUCCCAAAAUCUUCACGCAGGCGGAAAGUGAAUUGAAGUUGGAAUGUCUGUAGCGAAGUCACACUUUGUCAGUCUUGGAAGUUACAUCGAAUGCAUCCAAGCAGACCGGAAUUCACAUAUACCAGGAACUGAAUUUACCCACCCACAAAACAAGAAAAGCUGUCCUUGGUUUCCGUAUGAGACAAGGUAUGAUGCAAAUGCAGGUGAACACAAAUUCUUAGGUGGCACACUGUGUGUUGCGGCUGACCAAUUGUAGCCUUUUUUUGUAUACGUGUACCAAUCAAGAAAUUACCAAGUGGAAUAUGUUGACGGUGGCUUCAAGUAUUUUGUAUGGUUAGUGCACAUUUUCGUACAGAGGGAAUUAAUUUGCUUAAAGCUAACAAUGUGUUCACGAAAACCGCCUUAUUGGUAAUACCAGUGUGUGGACAACCUUAUUGGGGGGGGGUUCGAUUUUUUUUCUAUUGAUAUUGGCACGUUUUUAAAUCGUAACAGUUUGAAGGGACAUAUGCAACAUCUCAGAAAUGAAACUUACAAUGAGAAUUAGGAACAAAGAGCUAUUUCUGAAGUAUUCAGUUGAUCUGUGAUACACAGGGAUCUCAGUACGACUUGUAUCCAAGAGCGCUUGCUUCAAAGCAAAGCAAACCAGUUUCGGCGUGUGCAUCAAAAUGGAUCUUUAACACCUUAAUACUGAGGCUUUGUGACUUUUUAAAACAACUAUGUCAGUAUUUUCUCUCGCUGUGCAAAAUGUCCCCAUGUGAUAGCUAUUUGGCUGUUCCAGGCUUAUAGGUGAACCAGGCAGCUAUGUAAUUUAAGACAUCCCACGUUGCCCGAUUUCAGGCUGUUAAAAUUGCCAAGGAAUUGUGUGUUGUGCUCAUGUCUUGACAUCGGUGUUGUAGUCGAGUAUUUUCCCACGAGUUCGAGUACUUCACCAUGAGUAUGAUUACAUUACAAUACAUCAAUUACGAUUUCAAGAGUGUGAACAUGAGUACAAGUACAUAAAGCUCUCUCCGUGUUCCAUUUCAUUAAAGGUUCUUAUCCAAAAACGGUGAAGACGAGAGGUUUAGAGAUCAAUUGAAAACAGGCAAACUAUACGAGCCAUAUGUUGACAAGAUCACACUGAUUUCGUCAUUGUCUUUGCAUUCCCUGUAAAACUGCACACAUUUUACAUCAAACAUAAGUACAUUUAAAGUGUUUACGGACAUGCCCACAUUGCUAGGAGUACGUGUGAAAUUUUCAAUGACUUCAUGUACGUGGAAUUUUUUCUAGCAAGGACGACUACCACAGCACUGCUCUACAUGCAGCUAAUUUUCCUGUUAACGUCUCGUUGUCCCCUUCAUUUCUGGCCUGGAACGCACACCUUAAUAUGAAAAAUUGAAAGGUAAAAACUGUGGACAAAAAUACCCAAAUUGAAAAAAAACCCUGUCAUGUUCAUGUUUGUCUGCUUCCCCCCCUUUUCAUUCCACUUUCGAUCUUUUGCACCAUUGCUUUAUAAAUCAUGCUGUCUUUAUGAUGUCAUUGGAUGGCCCGUUAUCAACAGUGAACACUUUCCACUUUUUGAAUGAGUCUCGUGUUCUUUUGUUUAUUUCACAUAGUGCAACAGUUUUGGAAACGUGUCAUUUUGACUAUUUAAUUGUUUUUGUCAAACAGUUUGGGUCCAGUUACAUGUAAUUUCAGAUUUAAAAAAAAAAAAAAGGAAAAAAGAUGAUUCUUCGCAGUUGUCAUGAGUUGAGGAGCAAACCUGUCCCGGUGGCAAAGCCAUGGGGGACGUUCUCAAUUCACAUCUACACUUUUGGUGUCAAGGUAAAUUUGUUGCUUAGCAAGCAGCAAGACCUUCAUUACCUACCAGGAGAAGCAAUUACUGUGCAAUUGCUGUAGCCGUGUACACAUUUCAAGAUACACAUAGGAUAUUGAACAUUCCAUGAAUGGCUACAUAUCAGAUCUAUAAUGCUUUCUGGCAUGGCCCAUGGACAACAACCUCGGCUUGGUCUUGUUCCCAGUGUUUCCCUGCACAUUCUACAUGCAGCCAUGCAAGUAGUCACCAUCUAUUUGAACCUUGACCUCUGUAUAUUGUCAACAAGAGUGCAUUAUAUGUAAAUGCCCAUUGGUGUUUUAGCAUGUAUCUGUUGCAACAUUAAAAAAAACGUACGUAAACCGACUUCGUAAACAUAUCUGAUCUUACUCUUAUUUAAUGAAGGCUAGCUUUUUUUUUUGUUAUAAUGAAACUCAAUUGAAUAGUUGUAUGUAAUAAAUGAUGGAUACCUGCUGAUAAACAGAA